AUGCUUCGCAGGAAGCGGAAGGGCAGCAAGCCGGACACUGAGGGCGAGCCCCCAGCUACGGAGCCGCCCUCCCCGCGUCCCAGGGCCGUCACCACCGACAGCGGGCUGCUCGCCAGGGCGAUGGUCAGGGAGAGCACGAAGAGCGAGCAGCGCACCGGGGGAGGAACCGACGACGAGCGGGAGGACAGGGACGGCAGCAAGAAGAAGGGCGGCCGCAUGAUGGACCUCAAGGAGCUGGUGAGCCAGACCAAGAAGAACUUCAAGGGAGGCUCCGGCACGCUCUCGCUGCGAUGGACGGCGACCAAGAAGAAGAGCAGCAUCGCCUCGUCCCUGUCGUCAUCAGACCUGCGCGUGCACUCCUCGUCGGUCGGCGAGGAGCUGUCGUCCGACUCGGACUCGUCGCCCGAGUCGCCGGCCAACGGGCUCAAUGCGCGGCCGCGGACGGAGAGGAAGAGGAGCAAGCUCACCACGGACGAAGGCGAAGACCUGUUCGAUGGGUUCCGAGAGCGGCCGAUGUCGAGCAGGGGGUCGCGUUCGGCGUCGAGCUCGCACGAGCACAUGAGCGUGGAGGUGGGCAGCAACGAAGACAAGGGCUCGCUCAAGGCCAAGAAGGCCAACCCGCGCAAGCUGCUGACCGAUCGGCCGGCGAAGCGCAGCGAGCUCGGCGACGGCACCGACCAGGAGCUGUGCGGCAAUGACAGAGCGAUUGCCAGCCUUCAGCUGCUGCCAGUUGAGGCCCUCGAAAGCAAGCGAGCACGCGGGUCCUCGAUACCUGGCGUUCAAUGCGAUCUGCCGUCAGCACCGAUUCCUCCCCCUCUCUCCCUGCCCGAGCCCACCGCGACGGCCCUGCCCCUGGGGCAGUUCGGCCUCCUCGCAGCGCCCAUCCCGCCACCGCUCGAACUCCCCAUAGGCCCGGCCGCCGCCAACUCCGGGUCCACCACCAAAUCCACCAAAUCCGCCUCUCCGCGCAUGAUGAUUCUGCUUUCGGCACCGCUGCCUCCACCGCUCAAUCUCCCCGCGCCGACCACCACCACGACCACCAGCUCGAGCGGCAUAUACCCUGCGCUGCGGCCCUCUGCUGCGGCCGCACCAGGGCGUCGGGCCACCUCGCCGCGUUUGUCCUCCCACUCGGCGCCCCUGCCGACCACCCCGCUCUCGUCCAUCCCUCCCCCCGCGAGCCCGCUUGCAACCUCCGGCUCGAGGCCCACAUCCGCCGCCACGAAGGCAUCAGCCGCGCCCAAAAAGCCCUCGCCCUUGUCCGCGAAACCGCGCCCCGUGCUGCCUACCCUGCGCCUCCCGAUGGGAGCCUCCGGCGGCCUCUCGCCCCUCUCGAGCCUCACGUCGCGAGCAGUCUACACCCCGACGCCGCAGUCCCCGUCCCUGUCCCUCGUCUCGCCGCGCUACGCGCGCUCGCCACUCAACAACAGCAACGAGGGCCGGCGACUGCUCACGCCCAAGCCCCUCGGCACCGUCCGCUCGUUCGAGGGGCGAACCGAGUCCGGAGGCGACCUCGACAAGGCGCUCGAGGAGAUGAUCUACUCCCGCUGGGAGGAGUACGACAACAUUCGAAGAAUUCGCAGCGGAAACCGAAGGCAAUCGACGCGGAUGAGCGUGCUCUGCGAGCCGGAGGCCAUCGGCAAGCUGGAGACGGACGCCAAUGUGUUCCUGGGCGCCAUCAAGGAGAUGGUCAAGCGGCGGUCGCUGAGUCGGCUCUGCGAGGAGACCCAACCGGCGCCAACGAGGGCCACGAACAAGACCCGCCGGCGAAAGGAGCGGGAGAUGCGCAUGAGCCGAGAGCGCAACAACGCGGCCCGGGCUUCGGUGGGGCCGGGCCGGGUCCGCUACUCCAUGUGCCUCUCCUCCUCCGACGGCCUCGAAUCGUCGGUGGACGAUUCCUUCUCCGACCUCGUGUCCCCUCCGUCUUCGUCGCCGCUGUCGUCAUCGCUCGAGGUUCCACCACCUCCACCACCUCCGUUCCCGCCAUUGGGCCUCCUUCCUCUCAGCCCGAUUGCGGAGGAGGAUGGGAAGUGGGGCGUCAACAUGCUGUCGAGCGAGCAGCCGCAGGCCUACGAGGACCUCUUCACGCUCACCCCGGCCGAGAUCGAAAAUGUGCCUGGCAUCUAUCGGUGGCGGAUAGAACACUUGGUUCCCGUGUGGAUCCCGCAGGACGAUGAGGACCACCCGGCCAACCACUUCUACGAGUCCGACUGCUACCUGGUGCUCUACGUCGGGCGGACGGACGAAGACGACGAGCUCGACGACGGCUCGCCGCUCAAGAAGGACGCGGCGGCCGGCGGCGACAAGGAAGGCGCGAUGACCUACAACCUCCACUACUGGAUCGGUCGCACGGCGAGUGUCGACAAGAAGGCCAGCGUGUGCUUCCGGGCGGUGCAGCUGAACAGCUACAUCGGCGGCAAGGCCAAGCACUACCCCGAGCAGCACGGAGAGGAGUCGGCCACAUUCCUGUCAUACUUUCGGCGAACUUCGCACAGGCCCUCCCUCUCGGGCAGCGGCAACAUGCGAACGAGGAGCAACAGCGCCAGCGCCAGCACCAUCGCAUCGGCGUCAAUGGCGCCGACCACCACCACGACCACCUCGCUCUCGGCGACGUCGGCUCCGAUCUCCGAGACGCACGACAUCGUCUAUCUCGAGGGCGGGACGGACAGCGGCCUGCGUCGGGUCAAGGGCGUCGAGGAGUACGACACGGCGCGGCUCUAUCGUUUCUUCACCCUGGAGGACGACGACGCGGACGACGAAGACGAGCAGGCCUCGUCGUCGGACGACCCCUGGCUUUUGUACGCCUACGACGAGUACGAGGCCGCGGCGAGGAAGCGGAAGCGAAAGCGAAACGGGCGCCACUACUACAUCCAGCUUGUAGAGCUUGCCACCGCCUCGCUGAACGAGCGCGACGUCUUCCUGCUCGACACCGGCGGCUAUCGGCUCUACCAGUGGAACGGCAAGCAAUCUAGGCAAUGGCUCAACCUGGUGUGCAACGAAAUCCUGCUGAUGAUGAACGUGAUCGAGCGGAAGAGCCUCGCGCAGAUUGAGGUGCUGAGCGGAGGAGAGGGAGAGGGUCCGGCCGUACGCAGGAAGAAGAGCCUCUUCUGGCGCUACCUCGACGGCAGCCACAAACGAACAGCAACUGCGGCGUCCUCUCCUCAAUCUGUCACCAGCGGCGGCAACGGCGGGCAGAAGAAUAACGCGGCCGGCGAUCAGGGACAAGAAAAAGAAGAGGAGGAGGAGAAGGAGGAGGUGCCGGCCAAGACGGAGCUGAAGGAAGAGAAGGAGGAAGAGGAAAAGAAUCAGAGGUGGACGACGAUCUCGCAGGCGUUGGGCGGCAUAUUGGAGAUCCUGGAGGUGCGGGGCGAGUACGGCUCGAUGGACCUCCACACGAUGUGGGUGCAGAAGAAGCCCAGCGUCCUGCGCGCGGCGGCCUCGACCACCACGCUCGGGCACGAGGAGGGCCUCAAGCCGUCGCGGAGGAUCCUCUCCUCGCAGGGCGUAUUUAUUAUCGAUUGCACAUCCGAGAUCUACGUGUACAGUGGGCGCAAGUCGACGCCUUACUCGCGACAAAUAGCGACGUUUAUCGCGAAUCAAAUGAAGGACGACGACAACAAGGACGACAGCCGGCGACCAGUGUGGACCAUCACCAUGGAGGUGAAGGAGCGGCAGGAGCCCAUUCUGUUCAAGGCGCGAUUUUCCGACUGGCUCGACACGGACGACAGCGGCAAGUGGGGCGCCAAGCAGAAGGUGGCGCCCAAAGAUUACCGCCCGUUCCACGAACGACUACUCGACGAAAUCAAAAAGGGCAAACUUAAGCCGCCAGAGCAGCCGGAUAUCGACGUCGCUUCCCUGUUUCCGCCCGAGACCCAGGGCGCACAGCACGCGGUGGCGCCGGAGCUCUCCGCGGAGGCCUGCGCGGUGCCGCCGGCCGCCGGCGAGGUCGACGAGAUACUGGAGCUCCUCAACCGGGUCCGGUCGAAUUCGCAGAGCUCUGCCGACGACAACGCGCUGACGGACUCGAGCUCGGUCGAGGUGGGCAUCCUCUCCGGCCGCACCUUCAGCAAGCUGCCCGAGGCCGAGGUGGGCCACUUCUACAGCGGCGAGUCCUACGUGGUGCUGCACGCGUUCCACGACCGGGCCAAGGACGCCCGGCAGUGGGUGGUCUACUUCUGGGAGGGCAAGGGCGCCUCCAAGCUCAAGUGGCCCACCUUCCAGCUGGGCAUCUUCCCCGCCCUCGAGGAGAAAAUCGUGAGCUCGGGCAGUGGGGCUCCUGCGAAGCGACGCAUCUACCAGGGCGAGGAGACGCCGGGGUUCAUGAGCCUGUUCAAAAACAAUCUGAUCGUCAUCCGGCGCGGGCAGCGCCCACAGACCGCGACGGCCGCGGCCACCAUGGAGAUGUUCGAGGCCAAGUGUCAGCCGGGCGACUCGACCAAGCGGCUCGUGUCCGUCGAGUGCAACCAAGACUCCCUCCGCUCUUCGGGAGCCUAUGGGCUGUUCCUGCCCUCGGGCAAGGUAUUUAUUUGGCGGGGCAAGCAGUCGCUGCCGCAGUCGACCGACGCCCUCACGUGGCUCAUCGACGCGGCCACGGCGGCCCUGCAGAAGGACUCGCCGGCCCGCACCGGUGGACCACCGCGGUCGCCCUCCACCGGCCCGCCGUCCCAGGAGCGCACGUCGGCCGAUGCCGCGAGCGAGCACCACGAGUGGCGCAACGGUGUCGACAUUCAUUUCAUCGCCGAAGACGAGGAGCCGUCAGAGUUCUGGGCUGCGCUCGGGUGCACCGCCUCGGCCCGCGCCCGCAGCAGGAGCGAAGCCGCCGGAGAUGUCGCUUCAGCGGCCGACGGAGGCGAGCGAGGCGAGAAGUCGGGCGCUGCGGCGCGGCUGGUCAAGUUCUGCUACGACGGGGGCCGGUUCACAGCAGGGGAGGUGGUCAGCUUCAAGCAGCGGGACCUGCUCCAGAACUGCGUCUAUCUGCUGCGACCGCACACGGCGCCCGCGGCCGAGGCGCCGCUGUAUCUGUGGCUGGGCCAUCAGGCCACCGACCGACUGCGCGCCGCCGCGCGACGCACGGCCGAACGCUACGUCGCGCAUCUCAUCCAGACCACCACCACCACAACGACGACGACAACCACCACCCUGACGACGCAGGUCGAGAAGAACGAAAGCGACGCUCUCGACACGAACAAGAGCGAAGCGGCCGGGCAAGCGCCGGUGGUUCGGGUCGAGGUGGAGGAGGGCAGCGAGCCGGGCGAGUUCACGCGUUACUUUGCCGAGUGGGCGGCCACGGGCUUCGUGGACCCCUACGAGCUGCGGCUGAUCGAACUGCGGAAGCUGGGCGCUCUCGCAUUUGAUUACGUCGCCGCCGACGAACAGCUCCGCGAGCCGCUGGUGAGCCUGGCCGACGACGCCGACGACGCUGAAGCUGCGGCGGCGCUCGAAGCCGAAGCCGAAGCCGAGGCCCAGCCGACGCCGGAGGAGUUGGAGGAGCGCAAGAAGCGCGAGCGCGAGGAGUUCAUGCGCAAGCUGCGCGAGGACCGGCUCCGCAAGGAGGAGCGCCGGCGGCUGCGCGAGAAGAAGGAGGAGGAGGAACGGCUGCGGCGGCGCGAGAAGCAGGACCGGCUGCGGGCCAAGCUCAAGCUGCUCGAGCUCCAGGUGGUCCACUACAAGGUCGACCCGGACGACGAAGAAUACGAAGAGUACCCCGACGGCAGCCAAACGGCGCACCCGACGCCCGAGGCCUGGGGCAUGGGUGGUGGUGGUGGUGGUGGUGGGGCCGACGGCGACGAGCAGCGGCGGUGCGACAGCGCGCGGGCGGCUGGGUCGGUACCGGCGGUGAGCCGACAGCGCUCGCAGUCGACCGACGUGGCGGUGGUGCGGCUCAAGGAGCGGCAGGACCAGUUCAUCAGCCGGCUCAAGAGUAGGUCGCGCUCGCGCAUCUCCUACGCGGGCAAGGACCGCAGCUCGGCGAGCAGCAGCGUCAACCUCCUACUCCAGCAGCAGCACGCCGGCCGAAAGGGCAGCGACCCCGCCGCCACCGUCGAGGCUGCCACCAUCGCCGCCAUCGCCGCCGUCACUGAUGGCCAAAGUGAGACGUGA